CAAUUUGUCGGCCGGCGAAAAUUACGCUUACGCGGUUCAGAGGUACCAGUGAUUGAUACUCCAGCAAGUCGGCAAGCAAAACGAAGACUCGCUCCUCUCUUCCCCAUUUCAGCAUUCCCGGCGCCAAACCCCAAAGCGCUCCUCCUCGCCGCCGGAGGGGGUUCCAGACCUGGAAUUUGGCUGUGGGUUAAGACAUUUCACCCUUGAAAGAGGUCUGCUAGCCAAGAUACGGUACCAUGGCAGAGGGUGUUGUAGGCAUGCUGAUUCUGAAGCUUGGUUCAGCCUUGGCCAUAGAAGCAGUCAAGGUCGGCACAGGGCAGUUGUGCCUUGAAGCUAGAGCUUCUUCUCUUGUCAGGUUGUUUGGUCAGAUCCGUGAUAUCAAGGAGGAGCUGGAGAGCAUGCAGUCCUUUCUACAAGAAGCCGAGAGGUUCAAGGAUACUGACAAGACCACUGCCAGCUUCAUCAAGAAGAUCCGGGGCCUUGCCUUUGAGAUCGAGGAUGUUGUUGACGAGUUCACCUACAAGUUGGAGGAUAAACAUGGUGGCUUUUCUGUGAAGAUGAAGCGGCGGUUUAAGCGGAUCGGGACAUGGCGCCGUCUGUCGUUGAAACUGGUAGACAUCAAACUGAAGUUGGAGAAUCUUGACAGGAGAAGGGCCCGGUAUGACAUAAGAGGAAUUGCAAUAGAAGCUAGAAGCAGUGACGCUCAUUGCAGAUCCACAGAUCAGACUUCGCACUUCCCAACAGAAGAAAAUCUUGUCGGCAUUGAUGAGAGUAGGAAUUUGCUGAUUGAUUGGUUGACAUGUGAUUUACAGCAGGAGAGUGUAAUUAGCACAGUAUGGGGGAUGGGAGGAGUAGGCAAGACCACUUUGGUUGCCCAUGUUUACAACAGUCUGAAGAUAGACUUCGACUGUGCUGCAUGGAUAACUGUAUCAAAAGCAUACCAAGUUCAGGACUUGUUAAAGCAGAUUAUCAGGGAGUUACAGAAGAGUGACUUAAAGGGUGAACUCCGUGUUGAUAUUGUUGACAUGGAAAAGAGAAGCCUGGUUGAAAUCAUCCGUGAUUUCUUGCGUGGUAAGAAGUAUCUUCUGGUUUUGGAUGAUGUCUGGGGUGUUGACAUCUGGUUCAAGAUAAGAGAUGUUUUUCCUGCUAACAGCACCAGCCGGUUUGUCAUCACGUCAAGAAUCCAUGAAGUAGCGCUGCUGGCUACUGGAAAUUGUAUAGUUGAGUUGAAACCGCUAGAAGAGCACCACUCAUGGGAAUUGUUUUGCAAAGAGGCAUUUUGGAAAAAUGAAAGCAGAAUAUGUCCGCAGGAGCUACAAAUUUUGGCACAAACAUUUGUGGAUAAGUGUAAUGGCUUGCCCAUUGCUAUUGCUUGCAUAGGUCGUUUAUUGUCCUGCAAAAAACAAAUUUAUUCUGAAUGGGAAAAUUUGUACAAGGAAUUAGAAUCUCAGUUGACAAACAAUGUGAUUCUUGAUCUUAAUAUAGUUCUAAUGGUCAGUCUGGGGGAUCUUCCAUAUAUUUUGAAGAAUUGCUUUCUGCAUUGUACAAUAUUCCCAGAGGAUUACUUGAUGAAAAGGAAAAGACUAAUUAGGCAUUGGGUGACAGCAGGAUUCAUCAGAGAAACACAACACAACACGAUGGAGGAAGUGGCAGAGGGUUAUUUGUACGAACUUGUAAAUCGAAGCCUAUUACAGGUAGUGGAGAGGAAUGAAAGUGGACGUGUGCGGAGUUGUCGAAUGCAUGAUAUUAUUCGCCUUCUUGCGCUGACCAAAUCAAAUGAAGAAGGAUUUUGUAGAAUUUAUGAUGGCUCAGGGAGUUCGUCAGCAGAAAAUACACGCCGCCUAUCUAUCCAAAGUGCAAAUAUUGAGCAGUUGACUCUUUCAAGUGAAGUUCAUCUCCGUUCAAUCUAUGUUUUCGAGAAUAGUCUGACUAUUGAUCCAUUGAAGUCUUUCUUGAAAUCUUUCAUGUUGCUAUCAACUUUAGAUCUUCAAGGAGCCAAAAUUAGGAAAGUACCAAAUGAGGUUUUCAGCAUGUUUAAUCUGCGGUUUCUGGGUCUUAGAGAUACUGAGGUUGAGGAGCUUCCAAAAAGAGUUGGAAGACUACAUAAUUUGGAAGUUUUGGAUGCUUACAAUGCUAAGCUGUCUAGUUUGCCAGAGAGUGUCGCGACACUUAAAAAGUUGAGAUAUCUAUAUGGAGCUACCGAUCCAAAGGCAGGCAUUAAAGGAGUUGUUGCCUGGACUGGGUUCAGGGUGCCUAAGGGCAUAAUGCACUUGACAGGCUUGCAAACCUUGCAACUUGUUGAGGCAAGCUCAGACACUUUGUGCCAUCUUGGUGCUUUGACAGAGUUGAGAACUUUAGCCAUCACCAAAGUGAGAAGAGAACAAUGCUCUGAUCUGUGCACUGCUAUCAUGAACAUGAGCCAUCUUGUUAGUCUUGCAAUUAUGGCUAUAAGUGAGAAGGAAACACUGGAACUGGAAGAUCUCUGCUUGCCUCCUACUCUUUCAAAGCUUGAAAUAGGAGGGCAAUUAGACAAGAAACGGAUGCCUCAGAUUGUGUCAUCCUUCUCAAAUCUUAAUAACAUUACCUUGUUGGCCCUAGCCUUCUCCAAACUUGAUGAAGACUCAUUUUCAUGCCUCUUGGAGUUACAUGGGCUACGUGCACUUUGGCUUGAUAAGGCCUACGAAGGGAAGAGGCUGCACUUCAGUGCCAUGGUAUUUCCAGAGCUCCGACUACUCUCAAUCUCAGAUGCUCCACAUCUCAAUGAUGUUUUAAUAGAACAAGGUGCAUUGCAAAGCCUUGUUCACCUAACUCUCACAGAUUGUCCAGAGCUGAAGGCCCUCCCUGAUGGCAUUGAGGGUGUUAGAACACUCGAGAAAUUAUAUCUCCGGGGAGCUUCCAAGGAGCUCACAAAGAAACUUCAGAAUAAAGAAAAACAAGUGAAGGCGAUGAAUGUAUUAAGAAGAUCAGUCAUGUCCGAAGGGUUACUGUUUAUCCUUGAAGCACUUGGUUAUGAUCCAGUUCCAGUACAUAUCACCAGCUCACGGACCUGUGAGCUCUUGCUCGAAGUGAAAGUUUCACUUGCCUUCUAGCAUUAGAGAUCAACUGUUAAAAUAUAUAGCCUAGCCCUUUACAUCAGUUCGGACCUUUGCAGAACUUGGUUAGUGCAUCAAGUCAAUAUGGUAUCAGAGCCUUGAGGUCUCAAGUUCAAGACCCGGAUAACGCACUGUUCGGACAUUUGGAAAACUUGGCUAGUGCAUCAAUUCGGUAUCAAUGACAACGGAGAGAUGAUCAUGGGUGACAAGCAGCUCUCCUGAAUGGUAAAGGGAAAAAAAAAUACAGCCAUCAAAAAGUUCAAGCAGCAGGAGGCUCUAAAGAAGAGAAGUGGCACAUAACAUGAGCUAGAAACUAGGGAGAAUAGAAGAAGCUUAUUUUGUUCUGUUGAUCCAGAUGCUGAAAAUGCACAACAAAGGGAAAUGGAUGGCUCAGGAGGAAUUAGAGAGGGAACAUUAAAUGGUCUGAAUUGUGGCAAUGAGUCCUUCUGAUUUUUUCCGCAAAUGCUGCUGAAUUAGGAGCGCCAAGAGAGAUGGGCAAAGUGUUGGUCUUGGCCUGUAGGGAACUCUGCCUGCAGGUGUCUCAGCGCUGAAGAUCUCAACUGCCUGCGAUGUGCACUCUUCAUUUGGCUCGUUUAUCCUUGCAUGUGCAAAAUUAAGAGGCAGUUUUGCAUCAAAUGUAGAAGUCGGUUAUUAUCCCCGCAAAAAAGGUGGUUAAUGGUUAUUAUCAUCUAGUAGAUCAUAAACAGCUAUUAUUUCUGCUUGACACUUGUAUAGUAUGUUGGUAUAGCUUAUCACCCCAGAGGACUUGUGCACUGAGGUGUUUGCUUUGCAUGUCAGUUGAGCAUAAGUAAGAGUGUGACUACAAACAAAUUUUUAGCUUCGCCUUGCCAGGGACGGAUAAAAAUGAUGGUCGUAUUCGUAUCAGUGAUGAUGGACGACCCAGAUGCUGCCAUUGUUUGUGCGUUGAAAUCUGUGUUUUAUAUGCUGCCACAGAAGAUAGCUCGGCAUUCAAAAAUCUACAAAUAGCCAGGGCAGCAGAUAGCACCGCGGAGAAAUGUACUGUAGUUGCUUUGAACUGUCACCCUUAUAUCAGUAUUGAACUCCUUCAUAGACUCAA